AUGGACAAAACUUUGAAGGAUGAAUAUAACACCGACGUCGAAAACGAAAUGAAACAGCUUCAGACAAGCCCCUCAACGCCAGACAAAUCUCUAGCCGCUGUGGUAAAAAAGGUGUCUAAAACGCUUGAGUUCAACGAAGACGGAGGGCUCAGGGUUCUGCCGGCGAUAGACAAGGCCAGCAACUUGAUCAAUCCCGGGGUCUUUGGCAUCUUCAAUGAUACAAUCUCACGGGUCACCAACUUCAACCCGUCCCUGAGCCAAGAUUGCAGCUCAAGGCACCACGGUUUUGGCUCUAAAUUAUUUGCACCAAUCUUCAAAAUCUCAUCACUUGAUGUGUUUGUCCCGGAAGCACCGCCAAGCUCAUGGGAUGAAUUGCUAUCGCCGGAACGGCUCUUUACCUACGGCUGCCCAUUUUAUGGGCUUUAUUUCAAGGGCAUAAUGAUACUUCUGAACAGUCGAUUGGCUUCUUCAGAAUUGUCUGAACCACAAUGUUUUGCCAUACUGGGCUCCUUGAUCCAGACCCGGCUGACCCUACAUUCACCCAUCAGCUCAGAACUUGUUGCAAGUCAUGCAGCACAUUGCAUGUUCAUUGAUUCAACUUGA